GUCCUGGUCCCGCCAAAUACAACCUCCCGACGACGGUCGGAACCAAGGAGACAGACCAGACCAAAAAAGGGGCACCAUCUUUCUCAUUCGGCUCAAGACAGUUCAAAUUCCGGCCCAGUGGUCCAGGUCCAGCCUACAAUUUAGACGGUGAUCUGACACACAGAGGUCGUGUGACUGGGUCCUCCUACAGCCUGGGAGGAAGGCCAAAGACGCCGAAGCGACGUGACGUCAGUCCUGGCCCCGCGGCUUACAACACCGACAAGGCCCCACUCUGGGAGAAGAACUCUCCCAAGUACAGCCUGAGUCCCCGGACUUCUCCCAGACGUAUCGAUGUCACCCCUUCCCCCGGAGCAUAUUCCCUCCCCUCUAUGAUAGGACCUAGGGUCCCUGACAGGCAGGGAGGACCAGCUUCAAGUAUACUAGGAAAAAACUCAUAUGGAGGAUUUUCAUCUGACUGGGCAAAAUCGCCCGGUCCGGCUACAUACGGGGCAUAUGAUCCCGGUCUCACAAAGCACAGGGGACCUUCAUAUAGUCUAGGGGCGAAGGCGAAACCUAUGCCCGACAAAGAUAAUUUCCCGGGACCCGGGAGAUACAGCCCGGAAAAGGUGUCUGUCCACAUGGAGAACAGUCCGCGGUAUCCUAUUGGUGUGCGCCACUCACAGUUCGCCAUGCCCGUUAUGCCUCUGGCCGAUGUUCAGUGACCCUGUGGUGUUUUAAUUGUCCUUAUUUAUUUUCCCUGACCUUGACAUUUGACCAGCAUCAGUGUUUUGGUUGGGGCGAGACGUUAUUAUAUCAACAAGCAAUCUGUGAUACAAACAUAGUCAUUUAUUACAACUCACGUGGAGAGGUUCCUGUGGUCGUGCUGCGCAUGUCCUUAUCGAGAGGAUACUCGUCAUAUCUGCGCAUGUUCAGAAGCAUUCAGCAUGCAAUGCCUAUGACAUAGUUAAACGUGACCGAAACCAUCCUAUAUUGCUGACCGUGGUCCUCUCCUCAUUCAGAAUUUUUGGAUCUGAAGGUGAUUAUUUCGGUCCAACCGCAUGUUCGUAUUAAAACUUACUCCCUCUACUGAUCGUCAACAAAAGGGAACGUGUUUCUCAGUGUAGCCACAAUGCCCAUUACAGUUUACACUGGUGUGAACUCUGGAUACAGUUGUGUACCUACAUCACAUGUAACAAUCAUUUCGUUAUAAUAAACCGAAUAUAUUACGUAA